UAGAUUUUAUGUAUUUCUAUCAAAUCAAAACUGGAAUUUGUAUUCAAAACAAAGGUUGCAAAAGUGUGUUUGACAUUUAUAGAAUAUGUCACGUCCUGACCAUAGUUCUUAUGUGUUUUGCUUGUUUAGUGUUGGUCAGGACGUGAGCUGGGUGGGAAUUCUAUGUUGUGUGUCUAGUUUGUCUGUUUCUGUGUCUAGCCUAAUAUGGUUCUCAAUCAGAGACAGCUGUCAAUCGUUGUCCCUGAUUGAGAAUCAUAUAUAGGUGGCUUGUUUUGUGUUGGGAUUGUGGGUGGUUGUUUCCUGUCUCUGUGUUUGUGGUCUGCACCAAAUAGAACUGUCUCGGUUUUUCACGGUUUUUUAUUUUGUUAUUUGUUAAGUGUUCACGUUUAUUGUAAUUAAACAUGUUAAGCACUGGCUACGCUGCGUGUUGGUCCGAUCCCUGUUUCACCCCCUCUUUUAGUGAAGAGAGGGAAGGCUGCCGUGACAGAAUAACUAGUUUGAUGAUUCUGUGACAAACGGUGAAUUAGUUAUUGAUUUUUACAUUUGUAAAUGGCUUUUGCCGAAUGUCUGAAUGUCCGAAUGUAUGUAUAUAAAACCAACUUUACCUCGGUCCUAGGUGUAGCCUAGUACGCUCACGUUGACUAUCUUGCAAACUUAGCUGGUUCAUUGUUGCCCAUGGCAGGAAGUUAGGCUAGCAAGCAUUUUAGUUUAGUAGCAUAUGACAACAAAAACUAAAAGCGUACUAUAUGACAGAGCCAUAGACCGUUUUGCCAACAUGAAAGAGAGAAUGGAAUUAGCGUUCACAAUUAGCAUUGUGAAGGAGUAUGAGAGGGCCAUCAUCUUUCGGCUGGGGCGGAUCCUACGAGGAAGAGCUAAAGGGCCAGGCUUGUUCUUCAUCCUGCCGUGCACAGAUAAUUUCAUCAAUGUGGACAUGCGCACCAUCACCUUCGACAUCCCCCCACAAGAGGUUCUGACCAAGGACUCAGUGACGGUCAGUGUUGAUGGAGUGGUGUACUACCGUGUUCAGAAUGCCACCCUGGCUGUGGCCAACAUCACCAACGCUGAUGCUGCCACCCGCUUGCUGGCACAGACCACCUUGAGAAACGUCCUGGGCACCAAGAACCUGGCUGAGAUCCUGUCUGACCGCGAGGAGAUAGCCCACAGCAUGCAGACUACCCUGGACGACGCUACAGAUGACUGGGGUAUCAAGGUGGAGCGGGUGGAGAUCAAGGACGUCAAACUGCCCCAGCAGCUCCAGAGGGCCAUGGCUGCAGAGGCCGAGGCUAGCCGCGAGGCCAGGGCAAAGGUGAUAGCAGCGGAGGGGGAGUUGAACGCUUCGCGGGCUCUGAAGGAGGCCUCUCUGGUGAUCGCUGAGUCUCCAUCGGGCCUGCAGCUGCGCUACCUGCAGACCCUCAACACCAUAGCUGCCGAGAAGAACUCCACCAUCAUCUUCCCCCUGCCAAUGGACAUGAUGCAGGCCUUCAUGAAGAGAGACUGAGGGGAGCCUGUUGGGUGCUGUGUGAGUGCUGUUACACACGUACAGUACACACACACGAAACAAACAUUCCCACAUAUAUCAUAGUGUGCUGCUUUCCCUUGUGCCAAACGUUAUGUCAAUGCCAGCUGGUGCAGAGGACGCUAGCUAAAGAGCUUGGUUGAGCUUUAUGAGUCAAAGAACUUAAUGUAAAUGUUUUGUGUGUUAAGACUAUAUUCUGUAUUGUAAGUUCCCAUUGAAUGGAACAGAGAAACAGGAUUUGAACAAAAACAAGGGAAACUGAGUCGCCACUCGCCGGUACUACUGAGGUGUGGUGUUUCCCGUACUGCUAUGAGACCAGGAUGUACUAGGGACCCUGUCUGUCUGUCUGUCUGUCUCCAUGGGAAGCAACCUCUUUACUAUGGCCAUGUAAACAGCUCAAAGCCUUAAAUCAUUGCCAUGGAGUCGAUGUACUCAUCUCAUACAGUUUCUAUGCAUACCUGGAUGGAAAUUGUAAGUGCAUUUUAGUCUGUUUUAAUAGCAAUAUUUCAAGACUACACGCUCUUCAGAUGCUGUUACAGUACCUAUGCAGUAUACAUUACUUUACUGUAUAAAACAUGGUAUGUGUUAUACACUGAGUAUACCAAACAUUAGGAACACCUUCCUAAUAUUGAAUUGCACCCCAUCAAAACAGACUCAGUUCGCCAGGGCAUAGACUCUACAAGGUGUUGAAAGCGCUCCACAGGGAUGCUGGCCCAUGUUGACUCCAAUGCUUCCCACAUUUGUGUCAAGUUGACUGGAUGUCCUUUGGGUGGUGGAUCAUUCUUGAUACACACGGGAAACUGUUGAGCGUGAAAAACCUAGCAGCGUUGCAGUUGACACAAACCGGUGUGCCUGGCAACUACCACCAUACCCCGUUCAAAGGCACUUACAUUUUUUGUCUUGCCCAUUCACCCUCUGAAUGGCACACAUACACAAUCCAUGUCUCAAGGCUUAAAAAUCCUUAUUUAACCCGUCUCCUCCCCUUCAUCUACACUGAUUUGAAGUGGAUUUAACAAGUGACAUCAAUAAGGGACCGUAGCUUUCACCUGGUCAGUCUAUGUCAUGAAAAGAGCAGGUGUUCUUAAUGUUUUGUAUUGUCAUUGUAUUCUGGUGUAUAGUGUUACUGUAUGUGUGAAGGAGGACAUAGUUACAUUAUUUCAUGUUACUAAACCGCUCUGUUGUAACCUAUUUUUCUCUUAUUGAAAUUAUUUCUUAUCAUGUUUAUAUUUUCAUAUCCUUAUCAUGCAAACUUGCUGUUGAACAGUUUCUAUAAAGGUCCAUGUUAAUUAUGAUGAAUUGUAUAUGCAUUGACAUACAUUUGAAACUGAACGUUUCUCUUUCUCUUCAAAGCCAUAUUGUUAUUUUCACCAUGAUUCAGCCUUUAAAUAAAAAUGAUAUAUAUGAUGGAGACAACA